AUGAGUAAGAAAAUCGAUGCCUAUUUGUUAGUAGUGCACAAAUGUGUCGAUACUAACAAAGCGCCAACAAACGAAAUUCUUCAAGAUAUUUUAAGACCAUUACGAGAGUACGAAACGACAACCGUGACCUUUGAGAUUGCGUUCUCUGGAAAGUCUCACGAGAAGGAAGUUGAUAAGUUUUUUAGAUUUAAGCUGCUAAUUGAUGAUGGAAGAAAGGCCAUUAGGCAUUUACAAAUAAAUAUUUAUUGUGGUCUUAAAGCCAAUGAGGGCAUUAGAACUUUCUCAUCAAAUCGUAAAUUAAAGCAAGAUGAUAAAUUUACUCAACUAACAAAUUAUUUUGUUGAACAUUAA